GCCAAUCUCCUUCUAGAGAGCAGCGGCCAAGAGGCUUCUGCUGCAGCCUGCUGCUCCGGCCCAGAGAGCCGCCGCUCCUCCGGGGGAGCCGUUCCUCUCCCCGCGGCCGGGACGGGGAGCCCGGCUGCUGGGCGCCGUCGGGAAAGCGGGGUUGCCACGGGCGCUACGGCUGAGGGAGGCGUCCACGAUGGGAGCGCCGAGCGUGGGCCGAGCCUGGCCACACCUGUUCUAACAGCAGCCCCGGGGCGGAGAGCACAAGACAAGGGAUGGAGCCGUUGCCGAGCCAGCUCAGCCCAGUCCAGCCAGACGAGGCACCGGGGUGCACCAGACGGACGCGAGGGGCCCCGCUUUCCCGGGCGCGCAAGCAGUGAUUGACAUGAAGCACUGGCUGCACCUUGUUGCCACCCUCUUUGCUGUGGAAGCCAUAUGCAUACAGCCUUGCCACAGUGCCAAAAUACUGGUGAUACCUACAAUUAUCUUUGAUAGCCACCUGCAUAUCUUCGUGCGGGUAGCAGAAGCAUUAAGCAGCCAGGGUCACGAUACCGUCGUUCUCCUCCAUGAAGGUCGAGCAAUAGAGUCUUUUCUCCAUGGCUACAGAGUGCAAGAGUACAAAGGUAUCUUCAGCACAGAAAGUGCUGAUGACUGGCUGCAGGAAAAGCUAAAGCAAGUGUUUGAAGGGAAGAUGACCUUUUUGCAGCUGUUUUCCGUCGUGGAGAAGUACUCGGAGAACUGUGAUCUGAUGCUGGGAAAUGCAACCCUUCUGCAGCAGCUUUGGAGUGAGGACUUUGACUUGGUCUUGGUAGAUCUUAAUGAAAUGUGUGGCCUCAUCAUUGCCAACCUCCUUGGGGUAAAGUACGUCUCCCUUUCCACAGGCUUUUGGUUUCCUGCUGAGAUUGGAGCCCCUUCACCUCUUGCCUAUGUCCCCGAAUUUAACUCCCUGAUGACUGAUCAAAUGGGCUUUUUCGGCCGGACUUGGAAUCUCCUGGUUUUUAUCGUGUCUCGCAUAGCAACCAGACUGGUGAUCAUGCCCAAAUUUGACCAUCUAAUGGAGAAGCAUGGAGUAAAGCCACAGAAAUCCAUGCUGGAGAUCAUCUGUGGCAGCAGCCUUUUUUUCCUGAGCAAUGAUGUAGUGUUUGACUUCCCACGACCUUUGCUUCCCCACGUUAUUUUCACUGGAGGAAUUCUCACAGAACCUGCAAAGCCUCUUCCAGAGGGCCUGCGUCUCUGGGUGGAAGCUGCAGAUGCUGGUGUUGUCAUGGUCUCCUUUGGCAUUGGCAUACGAGUCCUACCAAAAAACUUAGUGGAGAAGAUGGCUGGGGCAUUUGCUCGCCUUCGGCAGAAGGUUGUGUGGAGAUACUCUGGUCAGAAGCCAAAUAACCUGGGUGAAAAUACACUAAUGUUGGAAUGGCUGCCACAAAAUGAUCUGCUGGGCCACCCCAGGGUGAUAGUCCUUGUCAGCCACUGUGGUAUGAACAGUGUAUUUGAGGCCAUCUACCAUGGAGUGCCAAUUGUGGGCUUCCCUUUCUACGGUGACCAGUUUGAUAUCAUGACACGAAUUCAGGCAAAAGGGAUGGGUAUCCUUGUGGAUUGGAGUAAGGUUACUGAAGAUAGUCUCCACCAAACCCUGUCCACAGUAAUUUCCAACACCAGCUUCCACAAGGCGGCCAAGAAGUUAUCAGAACUGCAUCUGGACACUCCUAUGCUUCCCCUCAACCGUACACUCUACUGGCUGGAGUACAUUCUUCGUCACGAUGGAGCACCAUUCCUUCGCCCAUCCCUCUACAGACUUUCCUUUUAUGAGUAUUAUUGCUUGGAUAUUUUGGCAUUACUAGUCUUGUGCAUUGGAGGCAUCUUUUAUGUUGUGUACAGGCUCUGCUUGUGGUACAGGAGAUCAGAAGUCAACCCAGUACACUUAAAUGGCCACUAUUUGAAUGGCCACGUCCUGGAAGAGAAGAAAGUGCAGUAGGGUUUGACCUGGCCUGGUCUGAGUAGACUGUACUUAAGUCCAUAGGUGUCUCUGUGUAUAGAAUAGGUAGGGAUGAGGACAAGGGCAAAGGCGGAUGCUUUUGGCCAAGACUCUGUGAGAGCACUGAGGUAGGGUCUAAGUCUGUGAAAUGCUGGGGAGAGGCACAUCCUCUCUUCCAUUCUUACAUACCAUAUAAGAUGGUGAGGAGAGCAGAGCAGACAGGAAUUAUGCUUUUGAGAGCGAACGAACGAAUGAAUGAAUGAAUGAAUGAAUGAAUGAAUGAAUGGGUAGCUGGGGAAUGCAGUGCCCCCUUUCCACAAGCAAGCCCCUCCACCCCCCAAUACUUUGAGACCCUUUAUGUAUUGCAAGGAAUCCCAGAUGUUGUUUUGCUUCAAACACCACUGGCUGGUCCUACUUGACUUUCCUAGGCACUCUACACUCUUGCCUCUGUGUAGGGUUGCCAGGUUCAAUCCCUGAGACUGAUCCUGUAUCUUUAGGAG